UCCAACAGGUGCACAUCACUUUUCCCCUCUCGUUUUUUUUAUUAUUAAGCUCAUUAGCUCACUACUUUGAACACUUUGCUGAAGAGCAAACCACUGAAUAGCAUAGGUAUUCUUGCUUUUAGGAAGCCAUGGAUAUACAGCAUGAAAGUGCAGAUCCAAUCAGUUUACCUGACCCAGAUCCCUCCAACCUAAGUGCCAGUCAUUUCAUCGAGCCAGCACUUGUACAGACUCCCAUGGAUAUUGGUGAGGAGAGUGAAGCACAGGCCAGCAUCGCCACACCAGGUCCAUCCGGCCAAGUUGCUGGUAUUCAAUGGGAGCCGGCCCAUGAGCAGGAAUUACAAAGGCCAGAAGACAUGCUGGCACCAUUUGAAACACCAAGAAAAAGAAAGCAGGCAAAGGUAAAGAAGAUGAACAAAUGCAAGCUAUCAGACCGAAGCAAUGCACGUGUAUACAUCAAGAGUAGCACAACCAGUCCCAAUAUUUAG